GCGACGCAUAAUCACUCUCAAGAGUAGAUGACUCCGACUCUCGCCAUUUCGUGAAGCAGUGCCCUUCUCAAGGCGCUUAGUAACCGGUCAUGCCGCGACGUAGCGCUGGUUUCAUAGCAAAGCGACCGCACAAGAAAUCAAGAAGAGGCUGCAGUACGUGCAAGAAGAAGAAAGUCAAGUGCGAUGAGGGACAGCCCUCCUGCAAGUACUGUUCUCUGAGAAAACUUGAAUGCGUGUACCCAACAGAGGCACAGAAAGAGCCGGACACAUCGUCUUCAGACACAUCACCGGACUGGGAACAUGAUCUCUUUGACUUCAGUGAACCCGUCGAUAUGCCCAUGUGGCUCACGCCGGCCGUGAUCACAUCCUCAGGCCAGCUAAACGCCACCGAACUCAAAUAUCUGCACCAUUACACGACAAUCGUGUGGAAAUCCAUGAGUCUCCAACAAAAUGACAACGUAGCCUUCAUCAACCGUGACUGGGUUCCCCGAAGCUGCAUGGCCUCAGAGCACAUGCUGCACUCCAUCCUCAGCAUCUCCGCCGGCCACCUGCACGCCCACAGCCCUUCCAAGACAUCAUCCGACCAGACCCUCUCCCUCGUCUACCGCCAGCGCGCCUUCUCCUCCUACAACAAACAGCUCGCCAACAUUACGUCAGAGAACUACGAAUCCCUCCUCAUCACCUCAAUGUGGAUGAUGGUCAUGGUGCCGCCACCGUCCCUGCCCUGCUCCGACGACGCCUGCCUGACCUGGGCAUCCUCCCUCUUCACCAUGAUGCAGGGCCUGCGCAUUCUCGCCUCCCUCCGCUGGGCCUCGGGCAUCGAGCGCCUCACCAUCUACCCCCUCUUUCGGCGCGAGCUGAAGAAGCUGCCGCCACCACCCAUGCUGACGCCCCUGCCCGCGUGGUUCUUCUACACCGGCACGCAGCAGCCCGCAGAGUGGCGCUCUCCAAACUCCCCGAACGAUCACUACUCCGACGCCGACUCCACGUCCCCGCCGCCACGCCGCUCCCCAUCUCCGACCCCGCUCAAGAGCGCAGGCGUGCAGAUAGACACUUCGCGACUCCCCACCCGCCCGCAGUCCCUCAUGUCAGCUUCACAGUCCCCCCACGCCCCCGCCUCCUGGAAAGCAAAGUCCGACACCUACUCCACCUCUGCGCCGGCCUUCCUGCCACCUCCCCUCCUCGCCCUCCUGCACACCCUCGUCGACCCCACCUCCUCCGGCCCCAUCGACUUCCACCGCCCCGUCCUCAUCCCCGUCCUACACGCCCUCUCCCCCAUUUUUCUCAGCAUGUACUACUACCGCCUCUCCCCAGACCUACACAUCCGCAUCUUCGUGCUGCCCACCUUCCUGACGCCAGAAUUUCUCGUGCUAACACGGGCGCGCGAGCCCCGCGCGCUGGUCCUGCUAGGGUGGUGGUUUGCGCUGCUUUCACUUCUACCGAAGCAGAACAAGUGGUUUGCCGGGGAGAGUGUGGCGCGGGUUCUCCAGGCGGUCAGUAAUGCGAUUCUGCGGACAGGCGAUGGGGUGCUGGUCGAUGCGAUGGAGGGCGCGUAUCGAAUUGUCAAGGUGGAGCGGGAACGCGGGAAGGAGGCGGCGGCGCGGACGAUAUUUGCUGCGUGGGAGGGUGUGCAUUGGGAGGAGGGGCCGAGGCGGGAGGAGGAGUGGCGGCGGGAAUAUGAACGUAGGGGUUUGGAGGAGGUGAGGUAG